AUGAGUGAGAAACUCGAUAUUGAUCAAAUACUCGAAAAGUGCGGUAACUUUGGUCGUUAUCAAUUAAUUCUGCUUGGAUUUUUCUGCUUAAUUAAUGUAUUGUCGUCAAUGCACUAUUAUUCUCAGACAAUCAUCAGCUUCGUGCCUGAACAUUGGUGCUACUCGGAUUUAACAGCAAGCAUGUCUGUGGAUGAUAGAAGGGCAUAUCAUUUGCAGUUCUCAAAACCAUCAUGUACAAAUAUUGAUGAGAUCUUAAUAAUGAAGGAUAGUGUAGAAGCAGAAAUUGGAUAUGAUAAAUCAUUGUGUAAAAAUGAUGAUUCUUUAGGAUGUCUCGAGCGUAUAAUAAAUACGAAUUCAACCCGAAGUCAAAAAGAAUGUAAAAAAUGGAUCUAUAACUAUGAUUUGCUAUUCGGCUACCAAAGCAUGACGAGUGAAUUAAAUUGGGUCUGUGAAAAUACAUGGAAAUCUAUUACUGGGCAAUCUACAUAUUUUAUUGGAAGUGUUGUUGGGACAUUAGUACUUGGAAUUCUUGCUGAUGCGAUCGGACGACUCCCCGUAUUAAUUAUUGCAAACAUGUUAGGAAUCGUUGGUAAUGGAUUAACAAUUUUCGCCACAAAUGAAAUUGUCUUUGCUUUAUGUCGGUUUAUAUCUGGCAUGGCGACCGACAACAAUUUUGUCAUGAUGUAUAUUCUUGUGUUGGAAUAUAUUGAUCCAAAAAUGCGUACAUUCGGAUUAAAUUUGUGUAUUGGCAUAUUUUAUUGUUUGGGAUCUGUUGUGUCGCCUUGGAUAGCUGUUUGGCUAGGAAAUUGGAAAUUGUAUUUAUUGGCUACAAUUAUUCCAACACUUGUGAUUCCAAUAUUUUAUUUUGUCGUGCCAGAGUCCGCGGAAUGGCUAAUAUCAAAGAAUAAACUCAACGAGGCUCUCAUUUGUUACCAAAAAAUUGCGAAAAUCAAUCGACGAAAAUUGGAUGAGAAAUUCAUAGCUGAUUUCAAAACAGUUGCUUUCGAUAUCAAUGCACAUCGAAUUAAAUCGAAUGAAAAGCAGAAUCCAUCUCUAAUAUCCUUAUUCAAAACACCCAGAUUGCGGAGAUUAACGCUGAUCCUUUUCUUCAAAUCAAUGAUCAUAACACUAGGAUAUGAUGCAAUAUCUAAGAAUGUCGAAGGACUUGGGAUGUCACCAUUUAUAUUAUUCAGCUUAAGUGCCUCAGCCAUUCUACCUGCGUGUCUCGUAAUUUUAGCUCUUCAAGACAGAAUCGGUAGAAAGGCAAUGGCAUCAUCAUCGCUUUUUGUUAGUGGAAUUUUCACAGCUGGAUGUGGAAUAAUUUUGGCAUACCAACAGAAAGAGAAUCAAAAGUCGAAUCAGUUACUCAUUGCUACAUUGAAUGUUAUAGGACGAUUUGGUAUAACUAUGGCAUAUAACAGCGGAGCACAAUAUGCGACGGAAUUGAUUCCAACAUGCGUACGAGGGCAAGGGGUGGCGGCAGCUCACGUAGCUGGAUAUGCUCUCACGUUUUUCAGCUCAUAUAUUCUUUACACUGCAACCGUUUUUAAGGCCAUGCCAUCCUUAAUUCUUGGUGUCUUGAGCUUUGCUGGCGCUUUUUGCUGUCUUUUCUUGCCUGAGACAUUAAAUCGAAAAACUCCUGUUACAUUACUCGAUGGAGAAGAAUUCGGUCGUGAUGAGAGAUUCUUUCAUUUUGCAUGUUUCGAUAAGUCAGAGGGGAAAGAGUAG